UGAAGCUCGUAUGAGUGCGACAAUGGCUUAUAUGAAGUUGUUGCUCUGUGCGGCAUUUUUAGCACCGCAGGAUCUGAUCAAUGGACUAGUAAUCGACAUUCGGGAUGGCAAAGUUGAAGGGCUUACAAGUAGCACAAGGGCUGGAACAACUUUCAAUUCGUUUCUUGCCAUGCGCUAUGCUGAAGCACCAAUUGGAGACUUGCGUUUUGAGCUGCCCCAAAAGGUGAAACCCUGGAAUGGAGUUUACGAUGCCACGGAAGAGAAACAUAUAUGCUACCAAGUAAACAUGGAUAGCGACAACGAAAAUGAAGAUUGUCUAUUUAUCAACGUUUUUACACCCCAGAACUUACAAGGAAAUAUUACCUCCGACAUUCCGGUGCUCGUAUUUAUCCACGGCGGAGGGUUUAUUGGAGGAACGGGGUACAUUGUCGAAGGUGGAGUCGGACCGAAUUUCUUUAUGGACUCUAACAUAAUUUUCGUCGCAUUUAACUACCGAUUAGGACCCUUCGGUUUUCUCUCUACAGGCGAUGAGGUAAUACCAGGCAAUCUGGGAUUGAAAGAUCAGGAAACGUCGAGCGAUAUUCAAAUUUCAAAAGGGUUUUUCUACGCUCCCGUUUUGGAAGUAGAACACGAAUCGGCUUUCAUAACGGAGAGAAUUUACGAGUUAUUCGAAAACGGACGAUUUAAUAAGGUGCCAGUUAUUAUGGGCAUCAAUGCUGAAGAGUCCAUCGGACUGUUGGAAAACGGUGAUGUUCUUUCGGAAAUCUUUAAUGAUUACGACAACUUUCCGAGUAUCAUGACUCCUUUCGAUUUGCAUUUGGACAACGUCACGAAGGAUACUGUCGGGCACUUGAUAAAAGAUUUCUACGCAGGCGAAGAAAAUUUUAAAGACAAUUUGGCACUUGGAAUUCACUUCCACUCUGCACAUGAUUUCGAGAAAGCCUCCAUCAAACAAGCCCAGCUGCAGGCUCCGUAUGUCCAGGUUUAUUUUUACGAAUUUACGUACAGUGGGCUGAUGGGUAAUAACAAGGAUAAGUUAGCAGAUACCGGCAAUGUGACGCACGGUGAAGAACUGAACUAUUUGUUCAGCAAGUGGUACAGUCCAGAAAUUCCGGAUAACACCGACCUGACCUAUUUCCCUGAAGACGAUAGAAACGUUCACUAUUAUCUGAUAACUUUAUGGACUAAUUUCGUCAAAUAUUUAAAUCCAACACCAAAAGAAAACCAGAUGUUACAAAACGUCAGCUGGUCUGCGGUGCAGCCUAACCAAUUCCAGUUUUUAAAUAUCGGAAAAGAUUUAGUCAUGACGCUUGACUAUCCGAAACGCGAGUCCUACGUUUUUUGGCAAAACAUAUUUGACCAAUACGCUGUCAAACCAUUAGAUACGUUUUAACACCAUAUACGAUUAUUUUAUUUUAUUUUAAGUGAAUGGG